AUGCGGCAGGCCGAGAGCAUCUCCACGUCCGAGGCGUUGCGGCGCGUGUACGCCGAGGGCGGCGGCACGUUGGGCGGCGGCGUGAGGCGGCUGUACCGCGGCCUCCCCUUUGCGCUACUGCAGACGCCGCUCACUCGCUUCGGCGACACCACUGCCGGCAGCGGCCUGCUCCUCUCUCGCUAUCACCACCGCGCAUUCUUGGACCCACCCGACCCAGCUGGAGCAGCGAGGCACACGGAAGAGCCGAUCACGGUAGGCGCUGCGUCGGUCUGGAGGAUCGGCCUCACUCCGGUCGACACGCUCAAGAGCACGCUGCAGGCGCGCGGCGGCGAGGCGGAGUCCGACCAUCGCAAGUUCCUCACCUACAACGCGCUCGACGAGCGGCUGCCCGCCUCCCCCGAGGGCGAGGUCGCCUUGCGCCUCUGCCGCUCCGCGCUGCUCGGCGUCGCCGCCUCGUGUGUGUCAGACUGCACCUCGAACUCUCUGCGCGUGCUCAAGACGCGCCGGCAGACGGCGGCCAACUCGACCUCGUACCUCGACGCGGCGCGUCGGAGACUCGUCGACGAGGACGGAGCGCGCGAGAUCGUCGACGAGGACGGCUGGGCAGCGCUCUUCGUGCGCGGGCUGGGCACGCGGCUGCUGGUCAACGCGCUGCAGGCGGCACUCUUCACCGUCCUGUGGAAGACAAUCGAAGACGUGCUCGUGAACGGAGGCGGCCCAGGCUGGCUCACAUUCGCAGCAGCUGGAAGCCCCGGCCUGUAG